AUGUCGACCGCUAAGAAACAGGUGAUAAACAGGCACCUCGAGGCCGCCGUGAGAUCCUUUCGGGCUGCAUGGAACGACGACUUUAUUCUGGGGGAUGCGAAGGCUUACGUGUACAGCGUCGCCGUCCCCUACGCGGGCGUGAGGUCGUCGGGGGCGAAGGUGACCAACUUCGGGUCCUUCUUCUACCACGGGAAGAAGACGGGGAAGUCCAAUUACACGGACUCUGUCUUCCAGCACGGGGAGGAGUUGGAAGUGGACGUCAACGACGCGGCACGCAGGCUGAUCCACAACCCGCCUGCUCAGGCGGACGCCGUGCCUUCGGACCCCCCCACCACCACGAACAUCAUAUUCAAGAACGUGGGGCCCGAAGAGAUGAUGGCUCAAGCAGACCCGAAUAAGUUUGGGCGCGGGUGGUGGUCCGCCAUCCGGGCAGAGGCGGAGUUCGGGAGCCACUGCGAGCAAGUGAAUCUUCUCGGCUCGGGCGGCGCCCAGAAAAAGUACGAGAACCAGGCGGGGUACAACGACCUAUUCGACGACGGCAUGGCCUCGAAGCUCUACCGCGACGCGUCGAAGAACUACGGGAAGGACGUGUUCGCUAACUGGAAGCGCCGGGUUCUCCAACGGCAAGAAGUUCGCACCAUGGGGUUCUACCACACUGGGCGCAUGAACUUCCAUGACGCGCACAAGCUCCUCUGCGAGGCCGAAGGACACCAUUCCAUGGCGUUGCUGGACCGGUAUUGCGCCAUGCCGCUGAUCCCGGAGAAUCCGUACGCGGACCCCCCGGACGGUUUCGAUCCCCCGGAGGUUGUCAAGAAGGCAGACGGGGAGUUGCAGCGCGACGCGCACGGAUUGUGGCGCAGGGACAAGCUGCCUGCCCCGAGGAAGGAAGUGCUUGACGGCAUGAGGGCGGUCAAGGAUUUCGUGGAGAGCAACCCCAACGCUGUGGCGCGCUUCACGCCCAAAGGUGCAGCUCUGUAUCGCCUGGUGGACAGCGUUAACUGGAGCGCGGCCGACCGUCUUCAGUACGUGGAUGAGGACAAAGCCGCCCGGCUUCGCCAGCUGCAGCGCUUCCUCUACGACUUCGCCAUUGCCCAGCUGCUGCUUGAAGUCCAGAAGGCUGCCUCCGGUCCCGCGGGCCCAGCGGGCGACGCAGCCGACGCUGGCGCGGCGGCUGCUCCGGGCGCGGUUGCCACUCGCCCCACGGUGAAGGACACGUUCGUCGACGAGCAGCACGUUCAGCGCGCAGUUUGCCACUUGGCUGCGAUCUGGGAGGGCCACGAGUCCUUCGUGAACCCGCGCCGCACCAUGUAUUUGGAAGAGAACGUGUGGCGCGGCACGUUGGUCGAGCAGCGAGAGGCGGCGGCGCGGGCCGCGGCGGAUGAGGGCGCCGAUGACGUGGAGGCCGAAGGCGUCGCGGGCGCCGAGAGCGGUCUCGAGUUGCCGGCGGGGUGGUCGCAGAAUGCGUGGAACGGCACUCCGUAUUAUUACCCCGACGCCGACGAGCGCGCGUGGCAGUAUGAGCACCCGUCCACCGUGCCGACCCCGCCUGUGCCGCGGAUCCCGCAGGGCGUCGACGAGUACGUCUCUGUGGGGAUAAUUGACGCGGGCUUGAAGUCUCGCAUGAUCGCCGGAGUUGACGACGCGGAGGUUACGUGGGGCGGCGGCGACCUGAUCGCGGCCGCCUGCAAGAACACGCUCCUGUGGAAAUGCCCCACGGCAGAGAACCGCAUCACCGGCAACGUGGUUUCCGCCGCCAUCCGCGCGAGUCAGGUCGCUUGGCCGUCGUUGUCCUGGUGGAAGUCCGUCGUGGUCGAGGGCGAGCUCUUGCGUGCGGGGCUAGGCCGGAAGUCUGACCACAAUGCCGGCGGGGGGUUCUGGGAGAAGCCCAAAGUCCCGAUUGAUGAAGAAGAACUCACUGCCUUCGUGGACCAGUUGGCGCAAUGGGGAGUUGCCCUAGAGGAUUACGAGCGUGCUUGGGUCACCGGCGCGGCUGCUUCCGGCGCGGCGCCCGCGCGCAGGCCGGCGCGCGCGCCUGCGCGCGCGGCGGCGCCAGGGGAGAGGACUUUUCUCCUCCGGAUUGCCCCCGUCUCCCCCCCGGGGCCGUCCACGCGGCAAUCAACGCCCGAGCUCGGGUUCCGCGUGGAGUACAGGGCCAGCUGCGACGGCGGCGAGCAGGAGCGAGACGCGGCCGCCCGCCUCGUGCGCGAGGUGUUCCCCGGCGCCGAGGUGGAGACCGAGUGCAUCGGGGGAGGCAUCGGGCGUCCCUGUGAUUGUCCAUCUUCGCCAAGCGCGGGGGCCGCUCGGAGAAGGUGAUCGAGGUCGACCAGAAGGACCUGUACAGGAAGUACAGGUGGCCCGCGUCUGGCGAGGUGCUGGACGCGCUGCGCAGCCUCAAGCAGUGAGCCUGCACGCGCCAGCCGCCCGAGCGUCAGUUGCACCGCAACGGGUGCUCGCCGGCGGGUGAUCUGGAAGCCCGUCGAAAGUCGCCCCGGGUUAUGAUGUGCCAACUCCGUUAGCCUGAAUUAUUUCUGGGAUGUGGUCCUUCAGCACGAUGGGAGCAGCACGAGCCUAGGGCCCCUGUCGGCAUUGCAGCCUUGCCCGCCUCGGGAAGGGCUGGGAGCGCCGGGUCGCUGGCCGACGUGCCCGUCGUCGGAGUCCCUGCCACGGGGGGCGCGGAGAGCGGUCCGAAGGCCCGAGCGCCAGCGGGAUGGAGGAUCCUCGGAGAGCGAGCGCGUGCGGCAGGCCCGCGCCGCCUGGACGCGGCGGCGGCGCGGGCGCUCGCACGUGCAGCACGGCUUCGCGGGCGACCCAGUCUUCGUCGGAGGAUUUUGCGCCGCGCGCGGGAUUGUCCACGUUUCCUCGUUCCACCACAGCUCCCACUGCGCAGAUGCCUCC